AUGGGACCUGGAGAGAUUCCCUCUGAGGCAACCUCUGGAGAAAUCUCCGACGAGGACGAUAGAAAUCUCGUCACCUGGGACGGAGCCGACGAUCCGCAAAAUCCUAUGAACUGGCCCGAUUCUAGAAAAUGGAUCAACUUGGUCUUGAUGUCGCUUUUGACUAUUAUCUCCCCACUGGGCUCAUCUAUGUUCGCCCCUGGAAUCCCUAGAAUCCUCACAGAAUUCGAAACCAACGAUUCUCUCAUCGCAACCUUCAUCACCUCGAUCUACUUCCUCGGCUUCGUCUUUGGACCUCUGGUGGUAGCGCCUUUGAGCGAGCUUUAUGGCCGUGUCUACAUUUACCAUAUCAGCAACGUCUUGUUCGUUUCUUUCUGCGUGGGUGCUGCUCUGAGCACCAGCAUCGAUAUGCUCCUGGCAUUUCGCUUCUUGAUGGGUGUUGUGGGCUCAGUUCCCACAACAAUCGGUGUCGGAAGCAUCGUUGAUGUCAUGCCGAUUGAGAAACGCGGACGCUCAAUCUCACUCUGGGCAAUUGGUCCUCUCCUGGGCCCUUCCAUAGGGCCUGUCGCGGGAGGAUAUUUGAUUCAGGCUGCCGGCUGGCGCUGGGUCUAUUGGCUACUUGCGAUCUUGGGCGGUGUUUGCAGCAUUCUGGCGCUGUUGAUUAUGCGUGAAACCUACGCCCCGGUUCUACUAGAGCGCAAGGCCCGACGCCUACGAACGGAAACUGGGAACCACGCCCUGCGCACAAAGGCUGACCGAGAUGGAAAGAAACUGAUACAGAGAGCCGUGAUCCGGCCAUUCAAGUUUCUCUUCAUGACGCCAUUGGUGUCCAUUAUUGCCGCCUACGUCGGGAUAGCUUACGGAAUACUCUACCUGCUGAUCGCUACGUUCUCCUUUGUCUACACCGACCAGUAUCACUUUAGCGAAGGUGAUGCCGGCUUGGCGUUCCUCCCAGCUGGGCUUGGGAUGAUGAUUGGUGUCCUGACUUUUGGCAAUGUACAAGAUUAUCUCGUCAAGAAGGCAAGAGAGGGUAUGAGGCCAGGCGAGAAGUAUAGGCCAGAGGUAAAGAUCACGCCUUGGUUGACGAUUCCGACCGGCCUAACGGUACCGAUUGGGCUAUUCAUCUAUGGCUGGACGACAGAGAACAAGAUCCAUUGGAUUGUUCCCAUGAUAGGCGUUGUUAUUCUGUCUGGUGGACUCACUGGAGUUACAAUGUGUGUCCAAAAUUACCAAAUUGAUUCGUACGAGAGAUAUGCAGCGUCAGGUUCAGCAGCUGUCACACUAUCCCGAUCUCUGAUUGGCGCUUUGAUGCCCCUUGGGGGAUUGAAAAUGUAUGAAGCCCUGGGUUUGGGAUGGGGAAACAGUCUUCUGGGCUUCAUGUCCUUGGCACUGGUGCCGGUACCUGUUGGUUUGUUUUUAUACGGGGGCAUGAUUCGGAAGAGGUUCGAUCCCGUGCUGUGA